UUGUCAGCAGAGGAGCUUCUUAAAGAUCCGUUCCUGCAAGUUGAGAAUGGUCCUAGGCUAGGUCGUAGCAGGUCUCGCCUAUCCAUGGACAUAGAUAAUGAGGGCAGACAGAAUUAUGCAAGCAGUGAUGCCGGAAGCAACAAAGGCGGUGUGCAUAGUCCUGUUUUCGAAGUUAAGAGGACAAAUAAGAACAACGAGUUUAGGUUGACAGGAGCCAAAAAUGAUGAUAACUCGAUAUCAUUGACCUUGCGAAUUGCUGAUACUAAUGGUGGAGUAAGGAAUAUACAUUUUCUCUUCUACUUUGAUACAGAUACUGCUCUCGCGGUGGCAUCAAAGAUGGUCGAACAUUUGGAGCUUGCAGAUCAUGAUGUAGCCUUCAUAAUUGACCUUAUCGAUUACUUGGUAUUUAAGCUUCUACCUUGGUGGAAGCCUUCAUCUACUCGUUGCUCACUUGGCGAAUCAAUUUAAUACAGUAGGUCAACA